AUGAACGGAGAAACAAAUACGGAAGCGGUGCACUCCGAGCAGCAAAUUGUUGCCCAACCUGAAACAUCUACGGACCUGCCGUCUGCUGGUUCCGUAGAAUUGAUGGAAGGUUUAAAAGCCUCACCGACGACACAGGAAGCGACCAAGGAUGCACCAGUUGAACAGUCACAUGACAGUGCCGAACAAAACGCUACAGGACUGCACAAUGAUGAUCUGCAAGAAGUAUCAGCUAAGGAGGAAGCACAAUUAGAAGAGAGCAAAGUGGAGGUACAACCGGUAUCGGAUUUGUCCAAAUCGACAGCGGAUGCAACGGCCACUACUACCAAACCUGUUGCGGCCGAAGAAAGGCCUCAGACUACCGAAGAGAGUACAGAGAUUCCCGCGUACCUGUACAAAGCGAUAGAAAAAGUGGCCAGUGAGCAGGGUUUUACGGCAGGCGAAUUCAACCUGGAGUUUGACGUUGGAUCAAACAAGGGUGACGGUUUCGUGGGCCAAAUGUUCAAAGCUUUGAUUACGGAAGGUGCUCGUAAGCAGGUAUUUUUGUGUAAAAUUCCUCCUUUGAACGAGGCACGUCGCCGUCAGUUCAACACGAUGAGCAGCUUCAGUCGCGAAACACUCGCAUAUAAAACACUCCUACCGACGAUUUUCGCUUAUCAGGAGGAAAAGGGCGUUGCCCGGGAGGAUGGGUUCUUCAACGUGCCGAAAUGCUACUACGCGGAAUGUGAUGAAGCCACUGAAGAAUCGGUCAUCAUCAUGGAGGACUUGCGUACGAUGGAUUACCGAAUGUGGAAUAAAAUGAAGCCUGUGAACUACGAACACGCUCGAUUAACCAUGCAACAUUUGGGUCGGUUGCAUGCCGUUUCGCUAGCGCUGAAACGAGAUCGGCCAGAAGCAUUCGAACAGUUUAAAGUGCCCGAUUCGUUAGUGGUGAUGAUGAGCGAUGGAAGUCCCUUGGCCCUGAUGAUGACGCAGAUGGUAAAUAAUGCAAAGGAAACGCUUGAACCGCAUGAAACGAAGGAACGGGCCAAGAUGGAAAAGCUGGCCGAAAAUGUGCGACAGGAAAUGCAAUCGUGCGCAGAUGGUGCUUCCGCAGAGCCGUACACCGUUCUCGGACAUGGAGACUGUUGGGUCAAUAAUUUCAUGUUCAAUUAUAAGAAUAAAGUUCCGGAUAACAUCAUCCUGCUCGACUGGCAGAUUACACGCUACGUGUCGCCCGUGCUCGAUAUCGCUUACUUCCUGUUUUGCUGCACGGACGAGGAGUUCCGACGGCGGUACUACGAUGAGAUGAUAAACAUUUACCAUAACUCGUUAGGAACGUUGCUCGAAAAGCUUGGCCACAGUCCGCAGGAAGUCUUCCCACGCACUGCGCUAAUUCGGCAGUUACGACGCUACGGCAAGUUCGGAAUCUUGAUGGCAGUGUUUCUGGUGCCGAUGAUGUGUACGCGCAACGAAGAUCUGUACGAUAUGGACGAGACGGCCGAAAAGUAUCGCGAUUCGAAUGAGUUGGAUGUGAACGCGAUAACUACGAACACUAACAAGAGCGCGUACAGUAAACGCAUAAGUGCCGUAAUACGAGAUAUUGUCCGUUAUGGAUAUCUGUGA